GCUCAUUGUCACUGUUGAAGAACAUGAAUAGUUGUAAAAAUAGGCAUAAUAAGCUAAAUAGAUGGGAACUGAGGAUAGUCCAUAUUUGUAUUACACUUCCUUACUGUUUGAAACAGAGAGAACAAAAUAGCAUAUGAAUCUACAGUCUCUUUACACAAAGCAAACAAGAGUAGUUUUUUUAGAACCUUUACACCACUUUUUGACAACAAAAUGUGUAGAAGGUCACAGGAGAUAGGAAGCUUCCUGGAUGUACCUGAGUUCAUGAAAGAACUAGAGCCAGUAUAACUUCUGAUAAGGUAAUUCCAUGAAGCAUUCCAAGAUUAUCAGAAGAAUUGCACUGUAUCAUAAAAAAAAAAAAUGCAGGUAGAAUAUAGCAUGCAGAGGCAGUUUUCCAGCUCCUCCCACUGUAGCACGCAAGAGACACGGUUAUAGUUAACUUUGGAUAAUCAACCACUGUAAAACAGAAUGGAAAGCUUGUACAUUUGAGCAGCUUUUUCACUGUUUUUGCUCUGAAUGAUGAGGGUCUCGGAACCAAUACUAGACAUGGAAAUGGCAAACUACAGUGAAGUUUUAGAUCCUGCGUACACCGCACUGGAGUUUGAAACUAUGCAGAUUCUGUACAAUGGCAAUGACAGUUCUGGAGAACCUCUCAACAUGAAUGCUACUGACAGCGGGAUCAGCAGUCUCUGUGCAAUAUGUGGAGACCGAGCAACUGGAAAACAUUAUGGUGCUUCCAGUUGUGAUGGAUGCAAAGGAUUCUUUAGACGCAGUAUACGGAAAAAUCAUGUUUAUACAUGCAGAUUCAGCCGACAAUGUGUUGUUGACAAGGACAAAAGGAAUCAGUGCAGAUAUUGUCGUUUAAAAAAAUGUUUUCGAGCAGGAAUGAAAAAAGAAGCUGUACAAAAUGAACGGGACAGGAUAAGUACGAGAAGAAAUACUUUUGAUGGCUGCAACAUUCCCUCUAUUAGCACAUUGUCACAAGCUGAGACACUUUCCCGUCAGAUCUCAAUCUCCAGUCCUGGUGCAAGCACUGACAUAAAUGCUAAGAAAAUUGCUGGUAUUAGUGAUGUCUGUGAAUCUAUGAAGCAGCAACUUUUGGUCCUGGUGGAAUGGGCUAAAUAUAUUCCUGGCUUCUGUGAAUUACCACUGGAUGACCAGGUUGCACUGCUGAGAGCACAUGCUGGGGAACACCUGUUGCUUGGAGCAGCAAAACGGUCCAUGGCGUAUAAGGACAUUUUACUUUUAGGUAACAACUAUAUAAUCCAUCGCAACAGCACUGAAGUGGAGAUCAGCCGAGUGGCAAAUCGAAUCCUAGAUGAACUAGUUCGACCCUUCCAGGAAAUUCAGAUAGAUGACAAUGAGUAUGCUUGCUUGAAAGCCAUUGUGUUUUUUGAUCCAGAUGCGAAAGGCCUGAGUAAUCCAAUGAAGAUUAAGAACAUGCGGUACCAAGUCCAAAUCAGUUUAGAGGAUUAUAUCAAUGACCGUCAGUAUGACUCCCGAGGAAGAUUUGGAGAGCUUUUGCUUUUACUGCCUACACUCCAGAGUAUCACUUGGCAAAUGAUUGAGCAAAUACAACUGGUUAAACUAUUUGGAAUUGUUAAAAUUGACAGUUUGCUUCAGGAAAUGUUACUGGGAGGUACUUCUAAUGAUACCAGUCAUUUACAUCAUCCAGUACAUCCUCACUUAGCCCAAGAUCCAUUAACAGGCCAAACCAUCCUCAUAAGUUCAAUGUCUGCUCCUGUACAUGCAGAACAGAUUUCAACACCAGAGACUCCAUUACCUUCUCCUCCUCAAGGCUCUGGACAAGAAUACAAAAUGUCUUCAAAUCAGGCUUCAGUAAUUGCACAGCAGUCUAUUUUGAAACAAAAAUCAUUGUGAUAAUAUUUCUUGGUCUUGCUCUUCCUACCUUCCUUAUUUCCUCCAUUCUUUCCCUUCAGUUCUCCCUCCUUCCAUUCCUCAUUCCUUUUUAUGCACUAGAUAAUUUGGUAGGAAACUUGCACAUUUAAAAUCUCAGGAUGAUAAAGGAGUUUAUUUCCGCAGCAGCCACUACUGUGGGUGUUUCUUGAGACCCUUUGUGAUUUGGAAAGUAAUACUGUCUGACUGCUAUGCAGACUGUAACUCUGGACACUACAGUCUGAUAAAAAUGUAUAAAGGUUGAUGUUAUUUUUAGAUCUUUUAAAUGCACAGAUUCAUUUUUUUUUUAAUUUUCUGUUUUAGUUGUCAUCUUUAUAUUAUUGUUUUAGUUGUGUAUAUAACUUUUUUUUUCGUUGUGACUGAACUGUCUAGGGAUUGUUUACCUGUGAAUUGUAGGCAUGAAAAAGUUCAUUA